CUUGACUAGAGUGGUAAUUGAAGUCUCUUUCCGUCGAGUAUUGCGACUGCAAGUCUAGUGUGCCAAGCGUAAUACAGCUAUACGCCGUGCGAACAUUUAGUUGAACAUUUGAUUCAGGAAUCAACAUACAGCUUCGUUCAGAAAGAUCUGUAAAAUUCGAUCAGCAAACAUACAUGAUGAAUGUGCCAGGACUAGUGGGCAUCGUGGUGUUCUACGUGCUCAUUUUAGGCAUCGGGGCCAUGGCGGCGUACCGGCGACGCUUCAAAGGGAACAGCUCUGAAGAAGUGAUGCUGGCAGGGCGCUCCAUAGGACCUGUCGUGGGCAUACUCACCAUGACGGCGACGUGGGUUGGAGGUGGAUACAUCAACGGGUCGGCCGAAAAAGUAUUUGAUGUUGGGCUGAUUUGGUGCCAGGCGCCCUUCGGCUACGCCAUCUCGCUGAGCAUCGGCGGGCUGUUUUUCGCGCGGCAGAUGCGAGAAGCUGGCUACGUCACGAUGCUCGACCCCCUGCAGAAUAAGUUAGGCCAGCGCAUGGGGGGCCUGCUCUACUUCCCUGCUCUCAUGGGCGAGUUGUUCUGGUCGGCCGCCAUCUUGUCUGCCCUGGGGUCCACUUUGGCUGUAAUUCUGGACAUCGGCAACACGACGUCCAUCUUGGUGAGCGCAGCGAUCGCCGUCACGUACACGCUACUCGGAGGCCUGUACUCCGUAGCGUACACUGACGUGGUGCAGCUCUUCUGCAUCUUCGCUGGACUGUGGCUGUGUGUGCCGUUUGCUCUGCAGCACGAUGCUGUGGGCUCCCUGGCCCUCUCUGAGACUAACUGGAUGGGUCACAUUCCGGCGAACUCACCAGCCUGGGGUCUGUGGGUCGACUACUGGCUGCUCCUCAUCUGUGGAGGCAUCCCAUGGCAGGUAUACUUCCAGCGCGUGCUGUCGUCCAGGAGCCCGCGCAGUGCGCAGCUGCUAUCCUACAGCGCCUCCCUCGGCUGUAUCCUAAGUGCCGUUCCCGCCUGCCUCAUUGGAGCUAUCGCUAAGGCAACUGAUUGGACGAAGACGGACUAUGGCCACACGCCUGAAGGCUAUGAGAAGAAGCUAGUGCUGCCGUUGGUCAUGCAGUACCUCACACCCACCUGGGUAUCUUUUAUGGGCCUGGGAGCGGUCUCAGCCGCCGUGAUGUCGUCAGCAGACUCCUCCGUACUGUCCGCGGCGUCCAUGUUUGCUCGCAACAUUUAUAAGAUGGUCUUCAAGCAAAAAGCUAGCGAUAGAGAAGUGGUUUGGGUGAUGCGAGGUGCCAUUGUCGUCGCGGCGGCUGUGGCAUCAGGCAUCGGCAUCGCAGUAAAUAGCAUCUAUUACCUCUUUAAGCUGUGCGGAGACUUGGUCUACGUAAUACUAUUCCCCCAACUGACAAUGGUGCUACACUUCAGUGACCACAUCAAUACGUACGGAUCUUUCGUCGGCUUCUGCAUAGGCCUAGCAGUACGGCUACUUGGAGGGGAGCCAUACAUCCACUUGCCGGCUGUGAUCCACUACCCGUAUUUUGACUGCGCGAGAGGAGAACAGAACUUUCCUUUCAGGACCAUGUCCAUGUUGGCCUCACUACUGAGCAUCAUUGUUUUUUCUGCACUAGCAAAGAUGUUUUUCAAACGCGGUAUUCUUCCUCUCAGGUAUGACUUAUGUCAUUGUUUCGGACCGGACGCGGUUGUGCUACACGGACAAAAAGAUGAAAUAAGCAUGUGCGAGAAAUCUACUCUCUUGAACGAGCGACCGCGUCAAACCAGCUCGACAGAAGCCUGCUCCACUUGAAUGCUUUUUACACGCUGAUGAUUGUGCUUGCAAUUGGCUAUAAGUGGAAGUUGACUAUAUUCUUAUGACUUGAGCACGUAAUAAUAAGAUGAGAUUUUCAUAUUUAAAUCAUGUUCAACCUUGCCGUACCCUACCAUACUACACAAUACGCCGUUCAUUUGUAUCAUACAUCAUCUUCGUAUAAAAAUAAUUUAGCGAAUGUAAAUAAUCAGGUACUCGUAUUUUGCGCAGGAAUAUUAUCGCAGAAUAAAAUAUAUACAUCGUUUAAUAAUUUUUGCAUACAAAAUUAUGUGGUAUUUAUUGUUUUCUCAAAAAUGAUCAAUCAGAUAACAUCCCUAAUGCGAGAUAUUUAUCAAACUUCUGAUGUUUUUAAACUUGAAUGAAUUUCUCUCAGCGGGGCAGCCGAGUGCUUCGAUCGUGACGACAAGAUUGGAGCUGUGCGUUGUGGGUUUGAGCCCCAGGUAACUGUAACAUUUAAAGCCGAUAUCAGCGAAGGUUCGAAGAUCAGCUGGCUGUGAAACUUCUGUAAUGUGUAAAAUCAGUGCCAGGUCAGACAGGCUUUACGUUCAGUAGAGAUGUAACUAUAUUAGAUUCUUAAUUUAUUGUUGCAUUAAUUGUGCGAGAUCGCAUUAACGUUACUUAAUUCUCAGCUAUGGCAGCUCUGUAAAUACUCAAAAUACAUAGAUAAUAACUUUCUUCUUACUCAUACAAAUCAAUAGAUGCAUCUACCUAGCUUUGAUAGUUUAGACGUAGACAAUUUACGAAAGCGGUGAUUAUAUACUGAAUUUUUGUUAGGCUCGUUCAUUUGCAUCGUCGUUAAACAUUCCGACGGUAAAUAGAUCUAAUUAUAGUUAUACAUUUUCGUGAUCUUAUAAUGUGGUAAAUUAUUUUAUGGUAUCUUUAAUCUGAUUUAUUAUAAAAUUCUAAUCUCCACCGUCACGAGCCCUAUUUUUACACUGCAUCAUAUCAUUUUUUUUUGUCUCCAGUUCUUUCAAUGUAUUUAUAGUCUACAUUUUUAUCACGCUAGCAUGGAAAGUUUUUCUUCUUCACAUUCACUUUGUAGUAUUUUAUAUUCAGAUUUAUGAAAUUUUACUUACAUAAUUGUGUAUUUUAUUUUCAUUCCUAAAUGAUCACGGUUUUAGUUUGAGGAACACUCCUUGAACUAGGCAAAAGUAGGUCCAAUUUUUUCCAAAUUUUCUUCUUUAGAUAAU